UGACUUUUUAUGUUCAAUUAUUUUAUUUUUAAUGGUUUUGACUUUUCUAAUAAAAAAUUACUUUAUUUGCACGAUAAUCACGUUAAAUUAUUUAAAAUAGUUUCGAUUUGUUGCAAAAAUAGUUCAUUUAUUGGUGUAACUGUUACACAAAACACAAAUAAAAUGGUGAAAUUGUUUCUUUUGUUUUACGUGAUUACUCUUACAAAUUCUAUGGAAUAUUUAAAUAAUGGACCAUAUAAAAUUCCUGCAUUAGGACUAGGCACAUUUACGGUGACGGACAACCAAGAACUGACAAAAGCUGUAAACGAAGCUCUUAAAAUUGGAUAUCGACACAUUGACACCGCCAGUAUUUACCAAAAUGAACACAUCAUUGGAAAAGUUUUAAAAGAAUGGAUUUCAUCUGGAAAACUUAAAAGAGAAGACCUUUUCAUUACAACGAAAUUGUCCGUUUUCGAUGAAUUUCCCGAAAAAGUUGAAGAAACAAUUAAAACCUCAUUAAAAAAACUGCAAUUGGAUUAUAUUGAUUUGUGGUUGAUUCAUUUUCCAGUUGCUUCAGUAGUUAAUGGAAAAUAUUUACUAGGUAAACCCCAACCUACAGACUUUAUUUCUGUUUGGAAAAAAAUGGAAGAACAAGUAGACGCCGGUAGAACUCGAACUAUUGGACUCUCCAAUUUUAAUAUAUCCCAAAUAGAAAGGGUACAAAAAGUUGCAAGAAUUCAACCAGCUAAUUUACAAGUUGAAACGCAUUUGUACUUUCAACAACAAGAACUACGUGAUUUUGCAAGAAAAAAUAAUAUAACCGUGGUUGCUUAUUCGCCUUUAGGAGCACCAGGACUCAAUAUAUUCUUUAAAGAUAUUAAUGCAAGCCCCGUGAAAUUACCGGAUAUUCUUAAUGAUCCAGUCGUCAAAACUAUCUCAGAAAAGCACAGAAAGUCACAUGCCCAAGUUGCAAUCAGAUACUUACUGCAAUUGGGUUUGGUGGUUAUCCCGAAAAGCACAAAUCCAAAAAGGUUGAGAGAAAAUUUCGAUAUAUUUGAUUUCACAUUAGAUCAAGACGAUAUGAAGGCUCUAGAAGGUUUAGAUAGAGGCAAAACGGCAAAGAUAUUUACUUUUGAAGGAUUAGGAGAAAAGAUAACAGAACAUCCCGAAUAUCCUUUUUAUGAAAAUCUUCCUGAAGCUUCUUAAAAAAGAAACAUGGAAAAUUAAGUUAAUUUUGGUUUUAAAUUAAGCGAUAU